AUACCAUACAGGUUCGCUGGCAUUUGGAGCCUUAAUUCUUGCAAUUGUCCAGCUUAUUAGAGUAAUACUGGAGUACUUGGAUCACAAACUGAAAGGUACACAGAACUCCUUCACUAGAUUUCUGCUCUGCUGCCUCAAAUGCUGUUUCUGGUGUUUGGAAAAAUUCUUAAAAUUUAUAAACAGAAAUGCCUACAUCAUGAUUGCCAUAUAUGGGAAAAACUUCUGCACCUCGGCAAAAGAAGCAUUCUUUUUGCUCAUGCGGAAUGUGGUGAGAGUUGCGGUUCUGGACAAAGUUACAGACUUCCUUUUAUUCCUGGGGAAAAUUCUCGUUGCUGGUGGUGUAGGUGUUCUUGCAUUCUUUUUCUUCACACAGAGAAUACCAGUCUUUGCACAGGAAGCACCAACGUUGAAUUACUACUGGGUACCAUUGUUGACGGUCAUUAUUGGCUCCUACCUAGUUGCACAUGGUUUCUUCAGCGUCUAUGCAAUGUGUGUCGACACGCUUUUCCUCUGCUUUUGUGAAGACCUGGAAAGAAAUGAUGGAUCUACAGCAAAACCCUACUUCAUGUCAGCUAGCCUCCACCGAAUUCUAGGAAAGAAGGAACUAAGCCCUAAGAAGGCAGUGGGAUAACAUACACUGAACCUCAACAUCAAAACAGUGUCACUUUUAAGCAAAACGUGUAUAAAAUAGGCAAAAGUAAAAACUGUAAAUGAUG